AUGGGCGCGACUCCAGGCCCGGCGAUCCCGGUGACACCGAAUAAUAGGCGCAUGGUGGGCAACAUCGCCGUCGAGAAGGAGAUCCGCAAACUGAACAGCGACUACGGACUCGGCAUUGAGAUUCCCGACCCGACUCUUAGCCCGUCGCGCCGCAAGCAGCUCGGCGAAGAGGACGAGCAGUACGCGCGGUGGGACCGCAUCUGCAGCGGAAUCCAGUUUCUCUACUACCAGCGAGGCGACACGCUCGACCAGGCACUCGCCUCUUUUUUCAACGAGGCCAAGGCAGCGAGCCUGCGCUGGGUGCCCAAGCCUCGCGCCGAACCCGGAACGCUUCCCUCAUCAACAACACCCCCAAAGGCGCAAACCGCCGGCCAGCAGUGGAACUUGCAAUCCAUCCUGAUCAGCGUCAUUGACAACUUCAAGGUUCUCAUGAGGCCUACCUUGUUGGUCCCGAAACCGAAUGGCAGUACUAGCGUUGCUGGCCUCGCGCCAAUUCUCGCGUCCGGUGACGAAGGGGCCUCUGGUUCACCCAGAUCGGGUGCCGAAUCCCCCGAGUCCCCCGGCUCCAAGCGGUCAUACGAUAGCGACGAUGACCACGGCGCCAAGCGACUAAGAGGGAAAGCACCCGCAAGCUCCCGCGGCCCAUCCCCGACCCCAUCGGCCUUCACUCAUGCCCUAGACAAAGUGCCCACCCGCCGGCACCUUGGCCAACCUCCGGAGCGCUGGACUCCCGAGCGGCGACGGCCCGACGAGCGGCGACGGCCAGACGAAGAGCGAAGCAACUCCAGUGAUACUUCCGACAGCAGCAAGGUGUCGAGCAUCUUUAGCAAUCGUGAUCGGCAGCAGUCGACCCAGACCACUCUGGACAGGGCCUCACAGGAGCCGAAGCGCCCUCUCGGCACUCCGAUUCCCGCACGCCCCUCCACGCAGUUCAGUAUCGCCCAUCGGUCUGCUCCCCAAGCACCUGGGUCCCGCGGCCUAACCGAGACUGCUCCGAAAUCGUCCCCCCGAUCGUCCACUGCCACUGUGAGCACUGUCUACUCCGACUCGUCCGUCUUGAGCAGUUCCUCGCUGGAUAAGGCUUCGGAGCCUUCCUGGGACCAGGUGGAUGAUUUUCUGGAUACCAGCAAGCCCACCCCUAUACAGAAAAGGCUGCAAAACAUUUGGCCCAAGUUCCCGCGCUGGCUCCGCGACGCGCCCCUCGCCGUCGCAUGGGAGAUCACCCGGAUCUGCCUCCACUGCAAGGUCGAGAUUGACGAUGACACCGUAAAGUACGAUCCCGGGUGGGCCAAGUCGGACAUGCUCGGCAUCUGGCGGAGCUUGAGCCAGCUCGAACCCUUCCGCGGGAAGUCGUUCCCCGAGCGCCCAGCGGCAGAAGUGUUCGCGGCAGCCCUGGCGGGCUUUGAGACGAGGGGAAACACCGUGGUAAUGUCGGCCGCGUUGGAAUUCAACCCGAGCAAAUCCGGCCCUUUGUUUCUGCUGGACAUGAAGCCGCUUCGAUUCGACGAAGGCUGCAGGCUAACACGGCGCUUCGGCCCAGAUCGCUUUCUGGAGGUCCUCAUCCCAUCUCCCACCGCGAUGAAUGCGCCUCCGAUCAUCAAGGACACGGACGGAGGUUCAGAUCAGCUCAUCCGAUGGCUGACUCAGAAGCCACACUCCUUAGUUGGGCGGCAAUGGCAAGCCUUUUACUCAAAGGACGCAGGCUACCGAAAGCCGGCGAAGGAUUUCAAGCUUGGCCCGGACGCCAAAGCCACAUUCAAGGAAAGAGUGCAUUUAUUCGCUGAGAACGGCCCCAACUUUCGCCCUACCGCCAUCCGUUCGAGACACGACAUCCCUUCCGACACGGCGCAGCAGCGAGCUCAGAUCAAAGUUAGCCACAUGUUGGACUGGCUUCUUCAGCUAGAGCAAAACGAGUGGCAGCCCCACUUGAAACUCUUCUCGCGCAUCCAGCUGGGCUUGAGCAAGACGUUUCCGGCCGUCAAAUUCGAGCCCGAACAGAUCCUCCACCACCCCGAGGACAUUCUGUCGCCCACCGGAAAAGUCAUGAACGACGGCAUCGGCCGCAUGUCACGUAGCGUGGCGAAGAAAGUUCGAGAUGCCCUCGGGCUGAGCGACAUUCCGUCCGCUCUCCAAGGGCGGAUGGGCUCCGCCAAGGGGAUGUGGUUGAUGGACGUGACCGAUUCCGGAGAUAGCGACUGGAUCGAGACAUACCCGUCGCAACGAAAAUGGAACUGCGAUUAUAUCGAUCCGUACCAUAGGACACUCGAGGUCCGCAGUGUGGCCUCGGAGCUGAAGUCGGCUGGUCUGAACCUGCAAUUCCUGCCCGUCCUGGAGGACAGGGCCAGAGACAAGAGGCGUAUGAAGCAUGCGAUCGGGCAGCGGCUCACGAACGAUUUGGAGAAGCAGUUCGAGAUUCAAAAGACGGCCCUGAAGCGCCCUUUGCAGUUUCGACAGUGGGUCAGCGAGAACUCCAACAACCGGACGGAUCGCGUCAAACACGGACAAGUCCCAUUCUUGGGUGGGCUCCCCGACAACAAGGGCGAGGUUCUGAACUUCCUCCUAAACAGUGGAUUUGACCCAAAGUCGCAAAAGUACCUGCAGGAUCUGGCGUGGGACCUGCAAAAGCAAAAGUGUGAUAUUCUCCGGACCAAGCUCAACAUCAAGGUGGGCCGAUCCGCCUACAUCUACAUGGUGAUCGACUUUUGGGGUGUUUUGGAGGAGAACGAGGUGCAUGUCGGCUUUUCGUCCAAAUUCCGGGAUGAAUCAGAUGACAUCUCAUACACGCUCCUGGCGGACUGCGAUGUCCUUGUCGCUCGUUCACCAGCCCACUUUGUCAGCGACGUCCAGAAGGUCAGGGCCGUGUUCAAGCCGGAGCUGCACGCGCUCAAGGAUGUCAUUGUUUUCUCCGCCAAGGGAAACAUCCCGCUCGCCGACAAGCUGUCGGGAGGCGACUACGAUGGCGACAUGGCCUGGGUGUGUUGGGAUCCGGACAUUGUCGAGAACUUUGUCAACGCCGACAUGCCGGUCGAGCCGGAUCUUUCCGCGUACCUGGGCAAGGACAAGACGACCUUCAAGGAGCUGGUGCGCCAAACGGGGCAGACCGGCAACCAUGCUCGCUACGAAGCGGUCUACGACAUGAUCAACAAGAGCUUCCAGUUUGCGAUGCAACCAAAUUAUCUGGGAAUCUGCACCAAUUACAAGGAGCGCGUAUGCUACCACAACAACAGCGUCAACAACAGAGCUGCCGUCCUUCUGAGCAGCCUGGUGGGUAACUUGGUCGACCAGAGCAAGCAAGGCAUCAUCUUUAACGCCGAGAGUUGGGAUCGGCUGCGGAGGGACUACUUCCACGGCAAGAUGUUUCUCGAGGACCCUGCGUAUAAGGGCGAUGGCUGGGGCGGCACAGAAGAGCCGCGCCACAUUAUCGAUUACCUCAAGUUCUUCAUAGCCAAACCGGCCAUCGACCGUGAGCUCCAGUCAUUCCAUGAGUCCAUGACAGCCGCGAAAGGCUCCGCGGCUGAAGCGUCUGGAGAAGGGGCUCACUGGUGGGACCCAGACCUGGCCAUGCACUAUGAGCAUUUCAAAACCCUCGCCAAGUCAUCCCGCUCGUUGAAGGGCCUGCUAGACGCACUAACCAACGCGAUCUGCGGCGUCGAGCGUGAGUGGAAGCUCCUCAUGAGCAACCGCGACGGCACUCUCGGGUACCCGGACAAGGUCAAGCGGGUCUACGCGAAAUGGCUCGAGGUCGACCUCGCCUCGGUCAGCAGCACGGGCUCCAACGUGAUCGACUCUAAGACGGCCGGACUGCUGGGGCAGCCGUACCUUGUUGAGCGCGGGGCGGGCGCGACGAGCCUGUGGGCGCUGCUGAAGGCGAGCCUGGCGUUCAAGGUGUACUACAGGAUGAGCACCAAAUUUGUCUGGCAGAUAGCCGGGUGUCAGCUCGCGUUUAUCAAGGCGCAGGUGACCUCGGGCGUUGCGGGCAAUGGGCCAGACGGCAUGGCACUGCUGGUUACGCCCCACAUGUACGCUGGGCUGGCGCCCGACGGGCGGUUUGUCAAGCAGUACAUGGCGCGGCUAGAGGGUGACGGGUCCGAGUAUCCCGACGCGGACGACGGUGAGGAAGAUGGCGGCGGAGGAGGGAGAGGUGAUGACGUUGACUGA